GAUCAGUCACACACAUGCAAGUACGCAACUUGCUGCCGUGUCUUCUUCGCAAGAAGACUUAUGAAGCAUCUUCCGCUCUUGACUCGGAGCUGAAACGAUGUCUCAGCGUCAUCGAUGUGAUGUUCUUAGCCGUAGGUCAAAUGAUUGGUGCUGGAAUCUAUGUGCUUGCUGGUUCUGUCACCCAUACACAAACGGGACCAUCGAUAAUCAUCUCGUUCGCGCUGGCCGGGUUCGCAGCUCUGAUGUCCGCGUUCAGCUAUGCGGAAUUCGGAGCGAGAUAUCCUCGAGCCGGUAGUGCUUAUUCUUACGCAUAUGUCGGUAUUGGAGAGAUUUGGGCUUUCAUCAUUGGUUGGACGGUUAUAUUGGAGUACAUGAUCGGAAAUGCAGCUGUGGCUCGUUCUUGGUCUGGCUAUUUAGAUAGUAUAGUCCACCAUUCAAUCAGCAACUUUACUCUGCGUACCUUGGGUCAACUCAGCUCGGGAGGUGGCUUUUUCAGCCGAUAUCCAGACGUUAUAUCAUUUUUGUUGAUUAUCGUAGUCGCGAUUAUAGUUGCAGCUGGCUCGAAGGAAUCCGCUGUAGUGAACACCACAUUUGUUUUUGUCAACCUUGCUAUAAUUCUAUUUGUCACAGUGUACGGGUUAGUCUAUGCAGACUUCUCAAAUUGGAUUGGAACCGAUGAACAGGGAAGAUCGAGAUUUUUUCCGUUCGGAAUUUCCGGCACCCUCUCUGGAGCGGCUACAUGCUUCUUUUCAUUUGUUGGUUUCGAGUGUCUUUCAACAGCAGGAGAAGAAGCGAAAAACCCUAAGAGAACAAUCCCCAUUGCUACUUUCGGAUCCCUUACGAUAGUAAUCAGUGCGUAUGUAUUUAUAUCUUCUUCCCUUACACUGAUGAGUCCUUGGAGUGAGAUAGACCCCAUUGCUCCCUUCGCUGUCGCAUUCGAAAACAAAGGCGCAGUUGUGGCAAAGUAUGUCGUAACUAUAGGAGCAUUGGCUGCCAUGUUCAACAAUCUGAUGACGGGUGCUUUUGCAUUACCGAGGACGGUAUACGCAGUGGCUGAUGACGGACUCAUAUUCUCAUGCUUGGCUACCGUGAACAAGUUUACGAAAGUACCGCUUAACGCGAUCAUUGUCUUCACAUUUCUAAAUGCUACGUUGGCCCUAGUGUUUGAUUUGGAGGCUCUGGUCGAGUUUCUUUCCAUAGGCACUUUGCUCGCCUACUCAGUGGUCUCCGCCAGCGUUCUGAUUUUAAGAUAUCAGCCUGCUCCUGUAAAUGGCGCCGAGGACAAAUUAGAUGAAGGUGGCAGAAUAAAAGAGUGGCUGCCUAUGCGCAAAUACUGGGAAAGGAUUUCAGUUAGAAAAUCUAUACCGUUGGCCGUGAUUGCGCUAGUUUUUGGAUAUUUUUGGCUCGCAUUCACGCUGCGAUUAGGGUUAUUAUUCACCGUACCGGGAUAUGUUUCCAUUGCGCUGAGUCUAAUUCUUAUUAUUAGCUCGCUCACAUUCAUUGCCGGUCAUAAACAAAAUUCACAAGACCUAUCGUUCAGGGUUCCGCUGGUUCCAUUAAUUCCAGCUCUUGGGCUGCUUAUCAACUGCUUUAUGAUGGCUUAUCUUGCCUAUCUCACUUGGGCUCGCUUCUUCAUUUGGAUGGCUGUAGGCUUCAUCAUAUACUUUCUUUAUGGCGUCUGGAAUAGCAAAGAAGGCAAGAAAAGACGUGUUAUUACCGAGUCAAGCGUUUCCACCAUCGCCAAGCAAGACAAUGAAAAUGUAGAACUAUCAAAUGAUCUCAAAUUAUGACGACUAGAUGUUAACGAAAGUUUACCAAGUCACUUAUCGGAAAUAGAUGUCCGAACGAACCUCAAGACGCUAUUUUAUUUUUGUAGUUUCAUAUGACUGCGGGAUAUAUUUUUGUAUAAGUUUUAUUGAUCUCAGGGCUUAUUUGACAACAAUAUGUGCUUUGAGAGAACACUUGCAUUUUUGUGAAGAUUUUUAACGUUUUGCUCAUGUGGAA